UUUUGUCUGUUCAUUCGCCGUUGGUCGUCGCUCGACGUACAGAAAAAAUCUAAUGAAAAUUUGUGAACUUGCAGUAAAAUUCAGUAAAUUAAAAACAAAAAAUAGUAAGAAUAGAACAAGCUAAUUAAUUGACGUCUGUAAACGGUAAAGGAGCGGCAGCAACGACUAGACUAAAACAACUUAUUUACAGGAAGAAGUAUAAAAGAAUACGGUUAUAAGGAUCGUAAUACGGAUAUAAGAUUAAGUGGUUUAGAAGCGCAUAAAGCAGAAAAUCGAAAGACUGAAGUAAAUUGAUUUAAGCCAGAAGCCAGGAGAAGUUGCGUUAAUAAUUAGUAUUGCGCCGGAAUUGUAGGUGGACAGAAUCAGGGAAUAUCCUACGUUUAGAGCUAUUUAUUUGCCUAAUUUGGACUGUUUAUAUUUGCAUCAAACAUAAAGCGUAUUUGGAUUUUCAUUCAUCAAAUUUACUUUGGGUCGCAAAUUACAAAAUUAUAUUGUAUUAAAGCGGAAAGUCUCUAUAAACAAAAUGGACGAUUUGAUGGUCGAAGUAAGGCUCGACAAUGGCGCCUACUACAAGGGAAGAGCAACUGCAGUGUGUGAUGACGGCGUAUUUGUGGAAGUUGACGGCUGUCCCGAUGUACAAAAAUAUCCCUUCUCAAAUGUGCGCUUCCCGCCAGAAGAAAAUGAGAAUCCGCCCGCCUUUGAGGAAGGCAUGGAAGUGGAAGUGUUCACCCGUUCGACGGAACGAGAGUCCUGUGGUUGGUGGAUUGCUUCCAUUAAAAUGAUUAAGGCUGAAAUCUGCGCCGUUGCGUACAUAGGCUUUGAGACACCGUAUACUGAAAUUUGCGAACUGAAGCGUUUACGUAUCAAAAAUCAAAAUCCGCCAUUGACAUCCAAGUCAUUCUAUCAGUUCUCGAUACCCGUACCCGAGGAAUUGCGACAGGAAGCGCAAAAAGAUGGUAUUCACAAGGAAUUUCAGCGUACAAUAGGUGCCGGCGUGUGUGUAUACAAUCGCGAUUUGGACAGUCUUAUUGUGAUUUCGAAAUGGGAACACACUCAGAAACGUGCCAGCAUGCUGAAAGAUAUGCAUUUUCGUAAUUUGGCACAGAAGGUUAUGCUGUUGAAAAGAACUGAGGAGGCUGCGCGUCAGCUAGAAUCGACUAAACUGCUUAAUCGUGGCUAUACCGAUGAAUUCCAAGUGCGCGAAGAUCUGAUGGGCUUGGCCAUAGGUUCACAUGGUGCCAAUAUUCAAGCGGCUCGUCUGUUGGAAGGUGUUACAAAUAUUGAAUUGGAGGAGAAGUCGUGCACUUUCAAAAUCACCGGCGAAUCUGAGGAUGCAGUGCAGCGAGCACGCGCGAUGCUCGAAUAUGCCGAGGAAUUCUUUCAGGUUCCUAGAGAGUUGGUGGGCAAGGUGAUCGGCAAGAAUGGGCGAAUCAUACAGGAAAUUGUUGACAAAAGUGGUGUCUUUCGAAUUAAGAUCGCAGGCGAUGAUGAGCAGGAUCAGAAUAUACCACGUGAGCAUGGUCAUGUACCGUUUGUGUUCAUUGGCACCGUUGAAAGUAUUUCAAACGCCAAAGUGUUGCUGGAAUAUCACUUGGGCCAUUUGAAGGAAGUGGAACUGCUGCGUCAGGAAAAACUGGAGAUCGAUCAACAACUGCGCGCAAUACAAGAAUCCACAAUGGGUUCGAUGCAGAAUUUCCCCGUCACACGACGAUCGGAGAGAGGGUAUAGCAGUGACAUUGAGUCGGUGCGUUCGGGACGUGGCGGACCGCGCGGGCGUGGUAGAGGUCGAGGCGGUGGCAAUGGCGGCAACCAGCGCUAUCAUCAAGGCCGUCGGGACGAUGAUGAUUACAAUUCCCGCGGUGACCAUCGUUACAACGAUCGCAGCGGCGGCGGCGGUGGUGGCGGCUAUCGUGGUGGAAAUGAUCGACGCGGCGGCGGUGGUAAGCAAAAUGGACGCAGAGAGCAGAACGGCAGGGAUCUCGGCAGAGACCAUUACCACAAUCAUAAUGAUGAUAUGCGUGAGGAUACGCGUGAAUUGAGCAGCGUCGAAAGAGCUGAAAGCAACUCAUCGUACGAGGGUAGCUCAAGAAGACGUAGGCGGCAAAAGAAUAACAGCGCUGCUCAUAACACGAAUGGUGGGGUUACCAAUAACAAAUCCCAGCCAAGCAAGCAACCACAAAACGCAGAUAACAAUAAAAACAACAAUGGUGGUGGUGGUGGCGGCGGUGCCGGCAGCUCGUCGGAGCGAUCGAAACAACAGAGCGUGAACAGCAAAGAUGGCAGUAAUGUGGCAAUCAAGGGCAACAUUGAGAAACCACAGCCGCCACAACAACAACCACAACAACAGCCACAGCAACAGCAAUUACCACCGCAGCAACAGCAACAACAACAACAGCCACAGCAGUCGCAGCAGCAGCAGCAACAGCAUCAUCAACAACAACAGCAACAGCAGUCGCAGCAGUCAAAACAACAACGACGCACCAAAAACAGAAACAAUCACGCAGACUCGAUACAACCACAGGAGAACAAUAAGCGGGAGACACUUGUCAACGGAACAUCCUAAUGAGUCGACGACAACAAAAAUAAAAAUAUAUAUAAAAUAAAAAAAUGCGUACGCAUGCAAUAGCCUCAAAAGCAACUGCGACAACAACGGUGACAGCAGAAUAUGUAGUAAAACAGAAAAAAAAAACAAAAACAACAAAACGAUGAGGAAUUAGGAUGCAAUACCUAACAUCUUCGAAGCAUUAAUUGAAUUGAAUGAGCUAAACAAUAAAACUAAAAAAAAAAAAUAAUUAAACAAAAAAAUAUUAAAUAAUGAAAAUAAUUAAAAAACACACACAUUUAAACAACAUAAAUGGAAACACUACAAAAAGAAUACAGCAAGAGAGGAUUUUUAUUAAAGAAUAAUAAAAAAAAAAUCAUAAGGAAAAAUAAUGACAAAAAGGAAAAUUGAAAAUUAAAAAUAUAUAGAAAAUAGUUUACUAACUCGAUACAAACGAAUUAUACACACACACACACACAACACGCUAACAUAAAUCAUCAAACAGUUAAACACUUAACGAACAUUUCAUGAUGCAUUAAAUUUAAAUUCGAAGAGGUAAAUAAAAAGCAAACUUAGUUUAUAAACAGCAGUGCGUUGUCAAGUCCAUUAAAUAUUGUCUAAUUUUUAGUAACGAUAAACUAAAUGGGAUUAUAUUUAUGUACUGUGUGAAUGGAAUUUAAUUUUUGUUAGCACUAAAUAACAAAGGCAAACUACGCGAAAAAACUAAAUGCAAUAGACCGCAUAUGGCAUACGAUAUACUUUUUUAUAAAAAAAAAUUAAAUUAAAAUUUUUUAAAAUUAAAAAAAAAAAAUAAGUAAAAUGAGUGAAUUUCUUUUGCUUAAUUCUUUAAUUUUUAUUUUCCAUUUAAAUUUUCUGAAAUUAAUUAUUUUUAUUAAAAAUAUUAUAAUUUUUUUAUUGAAAAAAUUUUUGUAUUGUUAAUAAUUUGUUAAAAAAUUGUUCAUAAUUUUUUUUAUUAAAAAAAUUGCUUUAAAUUUUUAUUAAUUACAAAAUUGUUUACAAGUUUUUUAAUUAAAUUUUUUUAUUUAAAUUUUUUUUCGCUAAAUUCGCCGGUGCAAUGAUUUCCUCGCUGGAGCAAUAUGUCUCUAAUUAUCGCGUUGCCUGAUAUAAUUUAACCACUUCUCCUCACUGCUGUUCGCAUCAACUUCGAAUUCGAAUAUAACUUUAAAACUUCAUGCGCUCUCUUCUCUCCGCUCUCGCCAAUCAUCACACUACACUUUUCAUAGCCAGCGCCAUGUCACGCCCCUUUCGCUUCCUUCGCCAUCCGCCUGCAUUCGUACGUGUAUAAUUCGUUGUAUAAUUUAAAUCAGAAAACAAAAACAAAAGCAAUGUAAUUGCAUAUAUUUUCUUUAUUUCUUUGAGAUUAGUAUUUUUUAAUUUUUUUUUUCGAAAUUCGACUAUAAAUUUUGUAAUUCUCGUACUUUCAUAUAUCUGUACUUUCGAACUGUAGUUGCCAGGUUGCAAGUUACACUAACAAAAAAAAAACAACAACAAUAAAAUAGUAUGUAGCUGGAAGAUUCAAGCGCAAUUCCGCGUUGUUGAAACACACACACCUCUACACUGGCGCUCCACACACACUCUCACGCGCCAAAUCAUGCCCACCAUGCCGCCAUUUCUUCAACAUAAAUCCAUUUGUGUGCAAAAAUGUUUGAAAGUAAAGAUGAGCAAAGAUAAUUAGCAACAAAUUACAAAUGCAA